GGGCAGCAAGGCCCCAGUUUGGAAAUCGUCUCUUAACGGACCCCAAAAACGUGUUUGAACAUAACGCAUGAUGAGUGUCCUGUUAAGAAAUCUGUUAAGAAAGGCUAGACUUCCUAUACUGAAAGUACAGAUACUUUCCCUGGCUGACCUGCGUCAGACUUGCAGCAAUACCCAUGUGAACUGUAAAGAGUCCAACAAAAAUAGACCUCCCUUUGGAGCAAGACCCUUGGUCAACCCUGAUAAUGUUUUUCUCUUCAACAAUUGGGACAACGUUGUGUGGGAUGAUGAACAGGAAUCAGAUGCCAUGAGGAUAACUUCACACCAAUUAAAGGACCAAUUGUCAGACGAACAGCAAGCUGAGUAUGAUGACAAUGCUGGCAACUACUGGAACAAAUUCUAUGGUCAGCACAACAAUAGGUUCUUUAAGGAUCGGCAUUGGCUCUUCACAGAAUUCCCUGAACUGGCGCCAGAGUCAACUACCAUCUCCCAGGAAGUGUCACAUGACUCUCAAAAGAACGAUAGUUUUAGUCAUUAUCAGGAGAGUUCGGAAACCAAUGACCGACUGAAUCUAGAUCCUGUUAGUGACUGUGAUGUUUCAGGAGGUUCUCAAUCCUGUGGCUCUGACAGUCAGAGCAAGGACAAUUGUGACAAACUGAAGGACUUUUCUGUACAAAAGAUUACUCAUUUACACACAUGUGAAAACGAAUCUGGUUUUCCUGGACAAAAUGCAAAGUUUAGAAUAUUUGAGGUGGGAUGUGGGGUAGGAAACACAGUGUUUCCCGUCCUCCGUACAAACAACGACCCAAACCUGAUGGUUUACUGUUGUGAUUUCUCAUCUACUGCAAUACAAUUGGUAAAGGUAAGACAAUUUUCCACUGGUCUCAUUUCUCAGUGCUUAAAGUUUUGUUUUAAAGAUGUUAAUUAUGGGUCAGAAAACUAUUUAAAUCUCUGUAUUAAUUUUUUCAGAAUGCAGUACGUUAUAGACAAAUUAGCCAAACAUCUAAAGCCAGGAGGAACCAUCAUGUUUCGGGAUUACGGCCGAUAUGAUUUAGCACAACUACGAUUUAAAAAAGGGAGAUGCCUUUCAGAAAACUUCUAUGUCCGAGGAGAUGGCACUAGGGUGUAUUUCUUCACUCAAGAUGAAUUAAAAGACAUGUUCACAAAGGCUGGGUUAAAAGAGAAACAGAACUACAUAGACAGACGACUACAGGUUAACAGAGGAAGACAGCUUAAGAUGUAUCGAGUCUGGAUCCAGUGUAAAUACACAAAACCAGACAGUUCACAUGCCAGGGUCACUGGUGAUCAUGGGCAGACAACUCAGAAUUUACAGAGUGGAUCUAAUACUCCAGAUACUACAGAAACAGAUCAAGCUUCUGGUAUUGAAGAGGAGACAACUGAAUUAUCAUGUGGUUCAGCUUUAUGAUUGAGGCAGACAUUUCUAGUUACCAACUUAACAACACUUAAUGCCUCUUAACACCUUCAAGAGUGAUUGACUUGGAAGCAGCAUCCUGUGAUUGGGAUGACAGUUUUCAGUAAUUGUGCUCUAUAAAUUUAAGCAAAUUAACUUGAAAGCAUGCACCGAAUAUUAAUGUGCAUCGUAAAUGUAUAAUAUGCUUUUUCAGUUUUAAAAAAUUGUCAUCAACAAUCAAAUUUUCUGUCUAAAAAAAUGGUUAAGAUCUUCAAAUUCUGACAAACUACUAGUUAUUAUUUUAAGUCCUCCAACAGUUUUUAACAUCACAGUAAAACAAACACUUUUUGUCAGUUGAUGUGUGUAUGUACAAGAUUAUAAAUGACCAUCUCUAGUAGUUAUUGCUUGUCUGUUUAAAUUGUUUUAAUGUUUAUAAUAUAAAGAUGUUUAUAAAAUGUG